AAUUUUCGAUUGCUUUGAACCGUCCUGUAAUAUUCACCCUGUCCGCCGCCAUAGUUCCGUGCAAGCGACUGAGGUUCUCGGGCGAGCAUUUUCUGUUACCUUAGCGCUAUAAGCCUAGAGAUUAAUCUCGAUUCGUAAUACCAUUUUAAUCUUUUCGAGGCACCCAGGUAACUCUGAAAAUGCCUCCCAGGGGAAGAGGUCGGGGCAGCAGCCGUGGGGGCGGUGGUCACAAGGGUCAGCGUAGGCAUUUCACCAACUUGGAGGAGCUCGAACGCGAGAAGCAAAAGGAAGAGAGGACCCGCCAGUGGAAGGCUCAAAGGGGCGAGGGGGAUGACGAGAGUGGAUCCGAGGACGGUUCCAGCUCCGAGGAGGAGAGCUCGGAAGAGGACGAGAAGCCCAAGACCGCCGAAGGGGAGGGACCUAGCGAGGAGGAGCAGCAAAAGGCGAAAGGGGUGGAGCAUCUCAUCGAGGUGGAGAACCCCAACCGGGUGGAGAAGAAGGUGAAGAAAGUGGCACAGCUGGAUGAGAAGGACCUUGCGGAGGCGCCACAGCUGUCCAGGCGUGAACGGGAGGAGGUAGAGAAGCAGAAGGCCAAGGUCCACUACCAGAAGAUGCAUGCUGCCGGGAAGACAGAGGAAGCGAGGGCGGACCUCGCUCGUCUGGCCUUGAUCCGCAAGCAGCGGGAAGAGCAAGCGCGCCGCAGGGACGAGGAACUCAAGGCAAAAGAAGCGGAGAAAAAAGCCAAGGCGGAAAGCAUCAGCAGAGCUCUAGGGAAGAAGACAUGACGCCUCUUCAUCGUUUUUGCCAAAUCGAGAAGCUGCUUCAUUACUGACCUUUUUUUUAAUAGGCCGUGUUUGCGCAGGUUUUGCCGAGUCAUCCUGGUCUCACUUCCUUCUUUUAACAUCCCCGUUGUUGUAAUCGUGGGUGGAUAAACGCCAGCAACAUUGAUCAGGACUAACGCAUUCUUGGAGAGUCGACCUGAGUUGCAGACGACGAGACGAAUCUGUCUUUGGCUUCUGUUUUUUUUUUCUUUUGUCGUCUGUUUUGAGAUGAUCGGUCGCUGACGGGUUCGUGUGCGUGUGUGGCGGAAUGUAUUGGAAUAAAAAAAAAAGGCAACGGA